UUCAAGUUCGCCUACGUCGAGGGUGAGAGCAGCCUGUCUCCUGCCUGGGUGUAGCGAUGGAAGUCGGAAAGUUUGAAGACUCCGGGAAUGACCAUGGAGCCUGCUAAUGGUUGACGGAUAGAACUGCUCUCUAAUCUCGGCUCGUACAUUGCUGGAGGUCAGCAGCAUCAUGGCUCACGAUGACGACUGCGUGUGUCUAACCGAUGAACAGCUCAAUUCCAUCAGAAACAACCAUGAAGAACGUGAGUUUUUCGUGGUCCAUUACCUGAACGAUCUAAAGGAAAGGGGCGUGUCUUCACUGCUUCAUAAUACGCCCAUCACAUGCAGAGUGGAGAACACGGAGAGAUAUACCACUCGCUCCAAGGUGCGUGUUUGUUCUCUGUAUACAGUGCGUCUGACCCAUGGUGAAUUCACCUGGACCAUAAAGAGGAAGUAUAAGCAUUUCCAUGACCUGCACCGAGACUUGUACAAGCACAAGAUGAUGCUGCAGUUCCUUCCACUCGGGAGGUUUGCCAUUCAGAGGCAGCAGCUGGAGAGCAUGACAGAGGAGAUGCCCUCUCUGCAUGGUACUGAGAGAAUGGGCAGGACAUCCAGCAAACCGAAAUACCUGGAAGAGUAUCUAAACAGCCUUCUGGAGAACUCCUUCUGCAAGAACUACAGUGGCAUGCUGGAAUUCCUCGGAAUCAGCCCUCUGUCCUUUAUCAAAGAUCUCGGACCCAAAGGCCUGGAAGGAUUUAUUCUGAAGAGAUCAGGAGGUCACCGGAUCCACGGCCUCAACUGCUUCGGCCACCAUCAGUUCUGUUUCCGCUGGUCGCAGCGCUGGCUUGUGGUCAAGGAUUCCUUUCUGCUUUACAUGUCCAGAGAUCCAGGCCUGGUGUCCUUCGUGCUGCUCUUCGACCCCGAGCUGAAAGUCCUGGUGGAUCGGCGCUACACCGACACGAAACACGGCGUGUGCAUCGAGAGCGUCAGCAGAAAGCUGAUCAUUAAGUGCAAUAGCUACAGGCAGGCCCAGUGGUGGAGUCAUGAGAUCCGGCGUCUGUCUGAACGCUGUGAUUUUCUCCAGACUCACCGCUUUGACGGCUUCGCCCCGCCCAGACCCGACACUCUCACCAAAUGGUAUGUGAACGGGAGCGGAUAUUUCUCUGACCUGGCAGAUGCACUGGAGAAUGCGAAGGAGGAGAUCUUCAUCACCGAUUGGUGGUUAAGUCCCGAAGUUUACCUCAAGCGUCCUGCGACAGGGACGUACUGGCGUCUGGACCAGAUUCUCAAGCGCAAAGCGGAACAAGGAGUGAAGGUGUGUGUGCUGUUGUAUAAAGAAUUAGAGCUUGCCUUGGGCAUCAACAGCGACUACAGUAAAAGAACCCUAAUGGGUCUGCACCCAAAUAUCAAGGUGAUGCGUCAUCCCGAUCACGUGGCCUCCGUCAUCUUCCUGUGGGCCCACCAUGAAAAGAUGGUGGCCGUCGACCAAUCAGUGGCCUUCGUAGGCGGGCUGGACCUCGCCUUCGGGAGAUGGGACGACAGUAACUACAGGUUGUUUGACAUCAUGGAACCGCAAACAGCCAAUCACAACACACAGCCAGUUCCAGAGACUGAAGGAGAGGAUGCGGUUAACAUUCCUCUAACUGGUCGAACGCUGGGAGGUUGUUAUGACGAGGUGGAUUUGAGCUGUAACACAAUGUUUUGGUUGGGAAAAGAUUAUAGCAACUUCAUUAAGAAGGACUGGACACAGCUGGACCAGCCUUUCCAAGACAACGUGGACCGGGCGCACGUGCCUCGUAUCCCGUGGCGCGACCUCGGAGCGGUGGUUCACGGGAAAGCAGCCCGGGACCUCGCACGCCACUUUAUCCAGCGCUGGAACUUCACCAAGAACUUUAAGAAAAAGUAUAAAGCCAAGUUUUACCCGUAUCUGCUGCCCAAGAGUCACACUACUGCCAAUGAGCUUCCCUUCACCGUGCCUGGAACAACAAGGGCGUCUGUACAGGUGCUUCGCUCGGUCGAUCGCUGGUCAGCCGGAAUAUGUGAAUGUUCCAUUCACAAAGCUUACAUAGACACCAUCGAGAAAAGCCAGCACUACAUUUAUAUAGAGAAUCAGUUCUUCAUUAGCUGUGCUGAGACUGUUCACAACGCCAUAGGAGACACUAUUGUCAAGAGGAUCCUGCGUGCACACAGUGAGAAACAGAAGUACAGAGUGUUUGUGGUGCUUCCUCUCCUGCCCGGAUUUGAAGGAGACAUCAGUGAGGGAGGAGGCAACGCCAUCCAGGCUAUACUGCACUUUACCUACAGGACAAUCAACCGUGGAAAGAACUCCAUUCUGUCCCGACUCAAGGAACACAUGCAGGAUGAAUGGACGCAGUACAUCUCCGUGUGUGGCGUGCGCACGCACUCCAAGCUCGGCCACACCCCCAUCUCCGAGCUCAUCUACGUCCACAGCAAGGCGAUGAUCGCAGACGACCGCCGCUACAUCAUCGGUUCAGCCAACAUUAACGACAGGAGCAUGAUGGGAUAUCGGGACAGCGAGCUGGCUGUGCUAGUGGAGGAUGAGGAGAGGGUUCCGUCCCGGAUGAACGGAGAGGAGUACGAAGCCGGGCCUCUGGCGCUCUCUCUGCGCAAGGAGUGUUUCAGGGUGCUGUUGGGGGCUGAUUCGGACCCCUCGUUAGAUAUCGACGAUCCCCUCAGUGAUAAUUUCUUCAGUGAGGUGUGGAAUAAAAUUGCCCAAUCCAACGCUUCCAUCUACGAAACAGUCUUCCGGUGCCUUCCGUCAGACUCGAUCCGGAACCUGCGAGAGCUGCAGGAACACGUCAGCACUGCGGCUUUAGUCCAGAACGACCCGGAGAAGGCCGCCGAAGAGCUGUGCGCCAUCCGAGGCAUCCUCGUCCACUUCCCACUGCACUUCCUGUGCGAGGAAAACCUGCUUCCUCCAGCCGUCAGCAAGGAGAGGAUGGUUUCUCUGGACGUCUGGACGUAGUAGACGCGGCGUGCGCUAAAAGGAAAAAUAAAUAAGACUUUAAUCCAGACACUUUUAUCUAGCCCUGUAGUCGCCGUCUUGGCGAGAUAGCGGACCAAAGCGUUUCCUGUCUGUGGUGAUGUGACGGAGGAUCUGGCUCGGCGCUCGGAAAGCGAUUAGCCGAACCCGAAGUGACUCACAGCUCUCUCUGCGGGAACGAGAGGAAGUGUGCGAUCUCCUGCAGAGGAUUUCACUCAAAAUGGCUUGGUGGAAGCUGGAGAGAGAGAGCUGGGCUGCUGUAGAUUUGUAAAAUGGCGCCUUAUGUGUGUGUGUGUGAGUGUGUGUGUGUGUGUGUGUGUGUGUGUGUGUGUGUGUGUGAGUGAGUGUGUGUGAGUGUGAGAGUGUGUGUGAGGAGUGUUUAUGGAUGAAAUGUUCAGGACAGAACGUACAUUUUGUGUUGCGUGUAGGCGGACUGCACCACUCUCUCAACCUCUUUUCCUAUAUCUCUUCAUUUUCUCUCUCUCUCUCUCUCUCUCUCUGGUGCUACACCUCACGGUGCGGCGGCAGCAGAUCUGUGCGAACAUUUGUGGUUGUUAUGGUGACAGGUAAAAAAGAGCCGACUGUGAGAGAGAGAGAGAGAGAGAGAGAGAGAGAGAGAGAGAGAGAGAGAGAGAGAGAGAGAGGGAAGAGCGGAAACGAGAGAGGAAGUGUAGAUAAAUAGCAGACGGAAUGCAGUAAGAAGGGAAUAAAUGGUUUUUAAAUGGUGAUUGAGGAGAGAGGGAUGGAGGGAUGGUUUAAAGGGAUGAUGGAGGGUUUGUGCAAGGGAAGUGAAAGGUUGGUUGUGUGUGUCUGUGUGUGUAUGUGUGUGAGCCCUGCAAUAAUCUCCCUCCCUCUGGGAAUUCUGCUUAUGUAAUACAGCUGUUCUCAAACUCGAUGAUUGUUCGAAGAGAGAGAGAGAGAGAGAGAGAGAGAGAUGAACAGAGUGCUGAGAGAAACGAAGGCAGACGCAACCUGGUCAGCACUCUGCGUUUAAUCUGUAGGAUAAGGAAUCAAAAACAUGAAAUAAAGGUGAGGAGAAACGGACAAGGCGAGAAACCAGAACCAAAGCUCAUUAAUCUGACUUUCAGACACAGAAGUAGGUCCGGUGACUUCCGGCUGCGUCUCAAACAGCUCCCUAGUUCCCUAAAACACGGGUUCAGGCACUGCUGAGGUUUCUGAGUCGCUACACAUCGGGACACUCGAUUUCUGCCGACGUUCUGAUGUCCUCAGCAGUCCUCGAAUGUAAAAGCCCCCAGAUCUUCUCUCUCACAGAGAUCGUAGGCUGCAGUUUCUAGUGAAUAUUUUUGAAUCACACUUAGAUUCAAAUGAACUGUAUAUAGAAUGUCAAAUAAUCUUUCCUGUUCUUGAGUUUGGUUCAUUUGCCUUGAACAAAUGGGUUUGGGUAUGGAGCUUGGUUGCUCUUUGUUUUUUGUUUUUUUCUGUGGUGCAUUGUGGGAUUGUUUUUAGGGAGCGAACGUUCGUGAGAAAGAGAGAGAGAGAGAGAGAGACUGUGAGACGAUGCUCAGAAAGGCCGACUCCUUGAUCAGCACCC